GCCUAAAAAGGGAGGGGGGAUGAAAAAGAAGAAAACAUACAUAAGGAGAGUGAGGAUAUAAUAAACAUUUCAUAGUUAAACAAGGGAAAUACUGUCAACGUUAGCCUGUCCUCUCUGGGCAAGACCUGGAAAAGGCAAGGAAGAAAAGAAUGCCUUGACAAAACGAUCAGGAAGCAAAAUGUAGCUGGAACUCUUAGUGUAUUCUCCAACCUCGUGCUUAUUUUGUCCUCCAACCUUGAUGGGGAUACUGGAGAAGAUAGGUGCUGAGCCCAUCCCACUUAUCCACUUUCUACCCCAUUUCUGCUUGUCUGCACGUGAGAGUGUUGAUUGAAUCUAUGUCAGAAUAGUUGGAAUCAGAUGUACUUGGAUGGAUUCAAAUCCAGCCUCUUCCUAUCCUGUACUGUCAUAUGAAAAUCACCUUCAAUUGUCACCUUCCUCAUAGAGCCAAUUUUUCCUCUGCCUCACAGUUCAGAAGAAAAGGUUCUUAACUUUGAGUUCAUGAAUCCUCUAGGAUUAUUGCAUGUGUAUGCUUUUUUCUCAUAAAAGAGACUAUAUCUUUAUUAGCUCCUCAAAGGAAUCUCCUAAAAGGUGAAGAGCCUCCUGUCUGAGAAUAUGGCUCCAGCUACUUCCUCAUCCCAAACUAGAAGGUGAAACCCCUGUUAAAUGGAAGAAUCUCCCACAAUUAUUCCCUUCCUCAGGAUGUGGGUGAUCAAGGUUCUGCUGCUACCGAUGGUGAGCUUUGCUCUGUACCCCGAGGAAAUACUGGAUACCCAGUGGGAGCUAUGGAAGAAGACCUACAGAAAGCAGUAUAACGGCAAGGUGGAUGAAAUCUCUCGGCGUUUAAUUUGGGAGAAAAAUCUGAAGCAUAUUUCCAUCCAUAAUCUUGAGGCCUCUCUUGGUGUCCAUACAUAUGAAUUGGCCAUGAAUCACUUGGGGGACAUGACCAGUGAAGAAGUAGUUCAGAAGAUGACGGGACUCAAAGUACCCCCAUCUCGUUCCCACAGUAAUGACACUCUCUAUAUCCCAGAGUGGGAAGGCAGAGUCCCAGAUUCCAUCGACUAUCGAAAGAAGGGAUAUGUUACUCCUGUCAAAAACCAGGGUGAGUGUGGUUCCUGUUGGGCUUUUAGUUCUGUUGGUGCUCUGGAGGGCCAACUCAAAAAGAAAACUGGCAAACUCUUAAAUCUGAGUCCCCAAAACCUGGUGGAUUGUGUAUCUGAGAAUGAUGGCUGUGGAGGGGGCUAUAUGACCAAUGCCUUCCAAUAUGUGCAAAAGAAUCGGGGUAUUGAUUCUGAAGAUGCUUACCCAUACGUGGGACAGGAUGAAAGUUGUAUGUACAACCCAACAGGCAAGGCAGCUAAAUGCAAAGGGUAUAGAGAGAUCCCUGUGGGGAAUGAGAAAGCCCUGAAGAGAGCAGUGGCUCGAGUGGGACCAGUCUCUGUGGCCAUUGAUGCAAGCUUGACCUCUUUCCAGUUUUAUAGCAAAGGUGUGUAUUACGAUGAAAGCUGCAAUAGUGAUAAUCUGAACCACGCAGUGUUGACAGUGGGAUAUGGAAUCCAAAAGGGACACAAGCACUGGAUAAUUAAAAACAGCUGGGGAGAAAACUGGGGAAACAAAGGCUAUGCUCUCAUGGCUCGGAAUAAGAACAACGCCUGUGGUAUUGCCAACCUGGCCAGCUUCCCCAAGAUGUGAUUCCAGUCACCCAAACCCUCCUGCUCUUCCAUUCCUUCUACAAUGGUGCAAUAUAUCGAUGUACUUCAGAAGGCAGUUGUUGAACCAUUUUUGAAGUAGAUGUGGUGAUACUGAGAUUGUCUGUUUAAUUUUUUCAGUCAUUGGUGCUUCAAGUGACUUCCCUACCACUUUCCUUCUCUCUACCUAGGGUUUUUUUCUUUGUGGCCACAGCAGGAAUUUUCCCAAGAGGUGUAUACUUUAGGCUAAAAGAGAUGUUGCCAUCAUCUACCUUGACUUUAUUGUCCUGGGACUGUGCUGUGCAGUUAGACACCAGAGAUCUUCGGAUAGGCUAGAUUCUCAUUUGCUGGGACUAGUUAGCUUUAACCACUCUAAAGGACUAUGAUGAUCUAACUUCUCAGUUUCCAAGUUCCCCUUCUUCUAAAUCCUUAAAGUAGACAUUUCUGUGUUUUCCAUUCCAGCUCAUAAAUCUGUUCAUAAGCCUUUGGUAUAAGUUUACAUGAUAUAAGAAAUGUAUUUUCUUUUCCUUCUUUGCAUUUUUGAAAUAAAGUAUUUAUCUCUUGUCUACAAUUUAAUAAAUAGCAUUUAAUACCCAUUCA